UCACAUGUUGCGCCGUGUACUCCAGAGUGUCGUCGGCGAACACGAAAUAUUAGCGGUAUCUCGCUAUCGCGUCUGUGUAUAGAAUACCGUGCUUCUUCUCGCUCUAUAGUCUGUAUCGCAGCCUUUUCGACUUUCGUCAAAACUCAAAAAAGUAGACCUUUUCAGAGACAUUUUGUUAGCCGGCUACGUUAAACGUUACGUUAUCGGUGCUUCGUUCCGUUUUAUUACGUACGAGUAUUAAAUCUUUCGUCGCGACGACGUGAAAAAAACGAUACCUUUUUUGACAUUUGCAUCGCUUCGUGUUUUUUUUCCUCUAAGUAUUUUUUGUUCGAGAUUUAAAGUCGACUAGGUCAUCGUCUCUAGAGAUUGCAUAUCAAUUGGCCAGUUUCACCACGCAGAAGAAAUGCCAUGAAACUUACACAGACUUCAAAAAAGAAGAAAAAAACCAAGCGCCCAAAAAAUGACACUAAUUCGAAUACCGUAAAAACCUGAGCACUACAAACGAUCCGAGCAAGCCAAAAAAAAAAAAACAAACAGCAAAAAUGAAACAGAAACAAAAAUAAAAAUAAUUUAGAAACCCUCCCAAAGUAUAAUACGAAACAAAGAAAAGAACUCGAGUAAAACCCAAACUCGCGAAUAAGAAUUACAAAUCACAAUAAAAAUAUAGGUACACGUAAGAAGAAAUAUGUAUGUAAUAAAGUAAAAAAAAAAAAGUAAAAAAGUAAAAAAAAAACUCAAAGCAUCGAAAAAUAAGAAAGAAAAAAAAACAAAUAAUAUAAAGUAAAAAUAACGUAAAAUAAAAGGCAGCCGGAUUGUAGUAGAAGGUAAUGUGCUCAAGGGACAGAGAAGGCACCGCAAACGGUAGUGUAACUCUUUCCAGAGUUAGCAUUUUAGUCGGUUUUAUCUGCGCUUUAAGUUACUUUGGGGCAUUCGUGGGCACCGGAUGGGUUUACACAAAGGAGUCUUAUAGACUUACCAAUUUAAACCUUUAUACCAGCGUAACGUUCAAGAUUGGCCUGUGGAGAGCUUGCCAUUCUUUUAAAAGGAUUAACUCGACCAUAAAUAUAUCACCAUCCAGCUGCGUGACAAUCAGCUACACAAACUGGAGUCAAAUGGCAAUUCACCCAGUAUUCCUCCGUCCCGAUAUGGAAUCAACGAUAAGCGUCAUGAGUAGAAUAAGAUGGUGCGCUGUAUUCGUUGGUUCGGGAUUUGUGCUCAUUUUGGUCGGAUUCGUUUGCUCGGUGGCUGGACACUUUUAUAAGGAUAAUAAGACGUUGUUAGCGAGCGCUAUGUAUACAUUGUCGGGACUAUCUCUGGCAGCGGGCUUAUUCGUAUUCGUCUGCGUGCUGACCGAUUCGUUCGCCAUUCACACAGCCACAUCCGAAGAGCAACCGUGGACCGAGGUAAUCGACACGGGUAAAAACUACCACAACUACAAAUACGGCUGGUGUUUCUUGGUAGCCGGAGCGCUGUGCAUAUUCGUCGAAAUGGUAGCCCUUCUAUGCAUAGCGGUGCAUCAUCGUCGAUGUCAAACGAUCGCUCAAAUAAUCAAGAACAUUUUACCGGUAGAAGAGCAACAGAAAGCCGCCACGACGACCGACACGAGUUAUUUUUCUUCGGGCGACGUCAACUAUAUCGAGAAAAUAGACGCUUGUAAAUCGGAAAACAACAAAGUCAAACCGAACGAGGAACCAUUCGCGACCUCGGAAACACCACCGGAUAUUUGUUCGACUUUCCUGAACGUCGAGUACGCCGAAGACACGGGCAGACCUUGCGAUAUCAAAGAGCAUUCUGAUAUUUGCUCUUUGCGAAUGAAAAAAGGUAAUUUCGCCACGUUAAAUACGAGAAAUUACCGCUGCCUCAAGUAUCCGUCCAGUUUGGGACGCAGGUAUUCGACGAUGAGCGGAUGCAGUUCGCUGCAAGGUGGUGCUGGCGCUCCUGAUGGACCUUCGAGUUCGUCGUCUUCGUCGUCGACUCGACCGAAUACGAAAUGCCAUCAGAGCGCUUCGAGCUGUAUUCAGAGCACUAUGCCUAGAGUGAGGAAUACUGCAGCCGGUGGUACUUCCAGUACUAAGUAUGCUACUGUUGAUAGGCAGUGUAAAAAAUCUGAAAUACAAGCCGAAGUACAGACUUUGGACGGAGAUAAUUUCGGUUUAUGACGUAAAACCAACUUCAUCAUUCACUCGGACGAAGAGCAAGUUUAACCAACAGGGUGGAUUUCCCCCACCUUUGAUAUACUGCAGAAUCCAAUCGAUGUGAUUUCAUAUCACGAUUUUGAAUCAAUCGCACUUUGUAUACAGGUCACGUUUAUAUAAUUUACCUACGAAUAUUAGCAUUAUUAUUACCGCCCCUUUGUAUAAAUGUUUUUUUAAAAGCCUUUUUUUUGUUUUUGUUUUGUUUCGAUGUUAUAAAUAUCAAUGAUAUGUGCAAGGUACCUGCGCCGGUAACACUUUGUGAAGUCGUGAAGUUGAUAAAGGGAUAUUAAAGGGGACGUAAGUGGUCUUUAUUAGUAAUUGGAUCAGGAUAUCGCAGAUUCGGAGUAAUGGGUUAAGAAUCCCCCCCCCCCCCCAAUCACAAGUUCAGAAAUUUCUCCUCCAUCCUCCUAAACAGAAAAAAUUAUCUUUUCGGUAGGUAGGUAUAGGUACAUAACUUUUUUCCUGCUGCAUCAUGACACGAAACCAGCCGAUUUUUAAAAAAUCAAUCAAGUAUUUCCCUAUAAAAAACACCAAUACGUAAUAUCAAUUGGGCAACUCGAAAUCGAAAAAAUGAUCGAAAUAUUAUUCUGGAGUAACCAAUAAAAUCAUCUCAAAACAUAAUUUUUGUUGCUAAGAAGAACAAAAAAUAAAUUCUUCAACGCUAUUAUUCUGAAAAUAAAUCAGAAAAUAUUCAAAAUUUUGUCACAUUGACCAAAAAAGCUGAAAUUUGGGAUAUACCUUACAUUUUUGACCUGCCAAAUCGAUUGGAAACGGAACAGAAUUGUUUUGAGCAGUUCUGGAGCCUCCAGUAGAUUUUUGAAACUUGAAAUUUCCACAAAAAUUCAUCAAACGAAGUUGAAAAUCCGAAAUUCACGCUGCAUUACAAAUUAAACACGAUAUGAAGUCAACUGCUGGUGAGUUUAAGUCGUUUUGGAGCAUCCAGCGACGUUUUGGAGAUAACUGGAGCCUCCAGUAGAUUUUUGAAACUUGAAAUUUUCACAAUAUUUCAUCAAAUGGAUUGGAAAGCCGAAAUUCAUUCAGUAAACCAAUUUCAAUACUUUAUGAUGUCGAUUGCAGGCAGAUUUCAAGUCGUUUUGGAGCCUCCGGCGAAUUUUAGGAAACUGCUGGAACCUCCAGUAGAUUUUUGAAAUUGAAAAUUUUCACAAAAUUUCAUAAAAUAUUGUUGGUUGGAAAAUCCAACGUUUUCAAUUCGACUGCAGGUGGAUUUCGAGUCGCUUUGGAGCCUCCAGCGAAUUUUUGGAAACUACUGGAGCCUCCUCCAGUAGAUGUUCAACAAAUGCAAACUCUCUCUCCACAGAACGUGCUGAAGUUGACUGCAAGUAGAUUUCAAGUCGUUUUGGAGCCUCCAGCAAAUUUUCGAAAAUGACUGGAGCCUCCAGUAGAUUUUUGAAACUUGGAAUUUUUACAAUAUUUCAUCAAAUGGAUUGGAAAGCCGAAAUUCAUUCUGUAAACCAAUUUCAAUAUGUACCUUAUGAUGUCGAUUGCAGGUGAGUUUCAAGUCGUUUCGGAGCCUCCAGCAAAUUUUGGAAAAUUACUGGAGCCUCCAGUCCAGUAGAUUUUUGAAAUAGGAAAUUUCCACAAAAUUUCAUCAAAUAUUGUUGGUUGGAAAAUCCAACGUUUUCAAGUCUACUGCAGGUGGAUUUCAAGUCGUUUUGGAGCCUCCAGCUAAUUUUUGAAAACUACUGGAGCCUUCAGUAGAUUAUUGAAAUUGGAGAUUUCCAAAACAUUUCCUCAAAUAUUGUUGGUUGGAAAAUCUAACGUUUUCAAUUCGACUGCAGGUAGAUUUCGAGUCGUUUUGGAGCUUCCAGCGAAUUUUUGGAAACUACUGGAGCCUCCAGUAGAUUUUUGAAAUUUCUACAAAAUGUCAACAAAUGAAAACUCACUCUCCACAGAACGUGCUGAAGUCGACUGCAAGUAGAUUUCAGGUCGUUUUGGAGUCUCCAGCAAAUUUUUGAAAAUUACUGGAGCCUCCAGUAAGUGUUUCAAAAUAGAAAUUUCAACAAAACUUCAUCAAAUGGAGUUGAAUAGCCGAAAUUCGCUCCUAAUUCGGAUGAUUUUAUAGCAUAUUCUGAAAAACGGAACCAAAAAGUAGCUGGAAACUUUAAUACGACUCGAAUCCACCUGUAGUCGACUUGAAAUUGAAGUGCAGAGUGAAUUUUGUAUUUACAACUCUGUUUAGCAAAAUUUUGUGGAAAUUUCAAGCAUUGAAAAAUCUGCUGAAGGCUCCAGUAAUUUCCAAAAAGUUCUGGAGGCUCCAAAGCCACUUGAAAUCCACCUGCAGUCGACUUCAUAGCGUAUUGAAAUUAGUUCACAGAAUGAAUUUUGGCUUUCCAACUCCAUUUGAUGAAAUUUUGAGGAAAUUUCAAUUCUCAAAAAUCUACUGGAUGCUCCAAGAAUUUUCAAAGAGACGCUGGAGGCUCCAACAUGGUGUUCAAGUCGGAGUGUAGCGUGAAUUUCGAAUUUCCAACGUCAUUUGAUGAAAUUUUGUGAAAAUUUCAAUUUUCGAAAAUCUGCUGGAAGCUCCAGAACACUGCUCAAAACGGUUUGAAAUCUUUUCAGUCGAUUUGGCAGGUCGAAAAUAGGUUAUAUUCCAAUUUUCAGCUUUCUAGGUCAAUUAGGUAAAAUUUUGAUUUUUUUCUCAUUUUUUGGGUUUUUGAUUUUCAAAAAUUCACCAAAAAUCGAAAAAUGCACUUCGUUGAAAGAGAAGAAAAAAUGGAUUAAGUCAAAAUCGGUAAAAAUGUUCUGAAAAUUUUAUAUUUCUGCGUCAGAAUUCUUGUAAACAACCCUGUUUCCAAGAAAACACUUUCCUUGGUCCCUCAAACAAUGUUGGUCCUCUAGUCUGAGUUUCUCAAAAUUAGAAAAAAAUAUGUGUAAAUUGAAAUCUGUAGAAAAAUUUCGAAAAAUAAAAUCUUUACAGGCUUCAAUUUCAUUUCAUAUUAUUCCUUUGUUCCAAUAUUGGAGUGCUCCAUCCCACACAAGGUGCAUGACCAACAUUGUAAGGAGGACCCAAGAGGAUUUUUUGCGAAAAAAAUGUUUCAAGAAGAAUUUCUGACGCGGAAAUAUUUUUUGAUAAAUGAAAUUGAGGAGUUUUUUUCAAGUGUAGAGGGGAGGAGGGGAACAGGGCAGCACAUUUUUUGACUUUUGGGGAAAAAAUCAAAUUUCACCCUUAAGAGAACUCCAUUUGUGUAUUUUUUCAUACAGGAAAAUUGAAAUGACCCCACCCCCUUCUUUCCUCCUCUCAUGCCAUCAAUACUAUCUUCCGCAUCAGUUCAAGAUUAUGUAAUAAGCCCUAAUAUUGGUGAUUCCAAACCAAAUGAAAAAAAAAACACUUCUGGCUCUAAAAAACUGAAUUCUGAAAUUCUGAUUCGUGACCUGAGUCAAAAAAUAGUUUAAAAUGUGAGGGAAAAUCUGUCAAGGCCUUAAAAUUGUUUAUCAUAAAAUAGGCAAGAACCGAAGGAAAUUUUAUUCAAAAAUCGUUUAAAAUUAUAAAAAAAAAACUAUCAAAAUUAAUUAUUUUAAAUCUCGUAAAAAAUCAUAAAAAUUGACAAAUUACAGUUAGAAAAUCAAAAUUUUGAAUAAUAUUACUGAAAACGAGUUCAAAAUUGUAGAAAAUGAGAAAAAAAAAUGAAAAAACUAACUUAAAAACAUCAAAAAAUAGCAUAAAAAUGGAUAAAUAAUUAUUAAAAGUGGGUUGAACAUUACAAAAAAUGAAUAAAAAUAAAAAAUGAGUCACCAAAUUGAAAUGAAAAUGUUUGAAACGAAAUAAAAUGGGUUAGAAUAUCGCAGGAACUUUUCUUCUCAUUUAAAUUUUUUAGCUUAUGAUUUUCGACAAAAAGAAAACUAUGGACCAAUUUUCACAAAUUUUGAUACAAUUUUUUUCAUCUUGAAAAAAAAAUCUUCAGUGUUUUAAUGUUACUUUCGAAAACUGGGGGUGGGAGGGGGUGUAAGAAGGGUUGAAUUGAAAAAAAUAGGUAAAUAUUCGAUCUCGGCACCCUCAAAAACCAAGCAAACGGUUUCUGAAAUUUUAACCAUGCUUUUCUCCAUGAAUGGGAAAUCAAUUUUUCAUCAAAUGAAUUUUCAAAUUUAAAAAAAUUACAAAUUUUUUUCUGCAAACGAAAAAAAAAAUUAAUUUUAAAAAAAGUUCAGAAAUCAUGCGUUGAAAUUUAUCCCGAACCAUUCCAAACGAAUACUUCGAAAUUCGAAUCGACGUGCACAUCUGUUGUGUAUUUUCUGAACUAAACUCCCUUAUUCCUGAACCUUAGAAAAGCUCGACAAAUAAUUCGCGAAACAAGGAUUAGAAAAUAAGUUAACGGAUUCCAGAUAUAAAGAAGGGAUUAAUUUCCAAAUUGACUAUCCCUACAACCGACCGAGCCACUCACCCAAAAAUAUAUCAUAUCAGGCGUAGGGACCUGAGAGUUAUUGUCGAAUACUUUGCAUAUUAUAAAAUUAUGCAUCAGGUACCUAUGUUUAAUUAUUCAUUUAAGUAAUACCUACGACUAUACGAACAAAUUUUGGAACGUUGUUCGAAAAAAUGUGUUUUUAGUACUCGUAAUAUUUUCUUUUACAUGUAUUAACUCAUUUGUUUGUUUUGUUGAUUGUUUUCUAAAUGUUGCAAACGAUAAUAAAUUUAUUCAACUUUUUCUCGAAA